AUGGCCUCCUCAUUGCGAUUGGGAAGCUCUGCUCUCCGUUCUUCUUUGUCCAAGCCUGCCGUCCAGACUGCCGCCUUGAAUGGUGUGCGCUGCUACUCUGCUGGCAAGGCUAAGUCCCUUAAGGAGACUUUCGCCGAGAAGCUCCCUGGUGAGAUUGAGAAGGUCAAGAAGCUCCGCAAGGAAUAUGGCUCCAAGGUCGUCGGAGAAGUCACCCUAGACCAGGUCUACGGUGGUGCUCGUGGUAUCAAGUCCCUCGUUUGGGAGGGUUCCGUCUUGGACUCUGAGGAGGGUAUCCGCUUCCGUGGCCGCACCAUCCCUGAAUGCCAGGAAAUUCUUCCUAAGGCCCCUGGUGGCGAGGAGCCUCUCCCUGAAGGUCUCUUCUGGUUGUUGCUCACUGGCGAGGUCCCCAGCGAACAGCAAGUCCGCGACUUGUCCGCUGAGUGGGCUGCUCGCUCCGACGUCCCCAAGUUCGUCGAGGAGCUCAUUGACCGCUGCCCCAACGACCUCCACCCCAUGGCUCAGUUCUCUCUUGCCGUGACUGCCCUCGAGCACGAAUCUUCCUUCGCCAAGGCCUACGCCAAGGGUUUGAACAAGAAGGAAUACUGGCAGUACACCUUCGAGGACUCCAUGGACCUCAUUGCCAAGCUCCCCACCAUUGCUGCCCGCAUCUACCGCAACGUCUUCAAGGAUGGCAAGGUCGCUCCCAUCCAGAAGGACAAGGACUAUGCCUUCAACUUGGCUAACCAGCUCGGAUUCGGUGACAACAAGGACUUUGUUGAGUUGAUGCGUCUCUACUUGACCAUCCACUCCGACCACGAGGGUGGUAACGUCAGCGCUCACACCACCCACCUUGUCGGCAGUGCCCUCAGCUCUCCUUACUUGUCUUUGGCCGCUGGUUUGAACGGUCUUGCUGGUCCUCUCCACGGAUUGGCCAACCAGGAAGUCCUUGUCUGGCUCCAGAAGAUGAAGAAGGCUAUUGGCAACGACCUUAGCGACGAGGCUAUCAAGGACUACCUCUGGUCCACCUUGAACGCUGGCCAGGUCGUCCCUGGUUACGGACACGCUGUGCUCCGUAAGACCGACCCUCGUUACGUGUCUCAGCGCGAGUUUGCUCUCCGCCACCUCCCUGACGACCCUAUGUUCAAGCUCGUCAGCCAGGUCUACAAGAUUGCCCCUGGUGUCUUGACCGAGCACGGAAAGACCAAGAACCCCUACCCCAACGUUGAUGCUCACUCCGGUGUCCUCCUCCAAUACUACGGUCUUACCGAAGCCAACUACUACACCGUCCUCUUCGGUGUUUCCCGUGCCCUUGGUGUCCUUCCUCAGCUCAUCAUUGACCGUGCUCUCGGUGCUCCUAUCGAGCGUCCCAAGUCCUUCAGCACUGAGGCUUAUGCCAAGCUUGUCGGCGCUAAGCUUUAA